AAAAAAAAGAAAGAAAAAGGAAACGAACGUCGAGAAUAUAAUUGAAUACAUUUCUUUUUUAUAUAUAUUUCUUUUUUCUUCUUCUUUCUUUCAAUUACGAUAAAAACUAUUUUAUUAUGAAGACAACCUUGAUUUGCUUGGCUGCAAUUGCAUUAUCCGUUACUGCUGAGCCUAUUCAGAGAAUUCCUCUUUUUUACAAGCGAUCUUCUGGUGAGGACUUCAGGUCAGUGGAAGGCCAAGUGCUUAAGAAUGGUAUGCUUGGUGGUGUAGUUCAAAUUGGUAACCCACCAAAGAACUUUACAAUGGCAUUUGAUACAUCUACUGGGUUUUCAUGGGUUCGCGGUGAGCAAUGUGGUGAUGCCAAUUGUCAAGGGCGUAACUCGUAUGAUGCAAGAAAUUCAACCACAGCCAUCUCAACAGGUCGAUCAUUUACCAAGGAUUACGGCAAAGGCAUUGUUUAUUCCACCAUCUAUGCUGAUACCUUCCAAUUUUCAGACAUCAUCGUCAAAAACAUGACCUUUGGUGGUGCUUAUCGAAUGGAAAACUUCGAUGAAGGUUUUGAUGGUUUCCUUGGUCUUGGUCGAAAUGUCAAUUUGAAUAUCACAAACGUUAAAUAUGCAAAGCGUGAUGUCCCUCCUCCUGGUUUCGUUCAAGCUGCUUUCCAACAAACCUAUGGCUUGCAAAGCUCACAAUUUGGUAUGUACACUACUUCCGUCGGUAGUGGUUUCUCUGAUUCUGGCUCUGUCCCUGCCUCACCUGGUCAAAGCAGUAAUCCUGUUACUUCAGGUGGGUUUGGCUUUGCAAAGAGAAGCUUAGAUGAACCUGCUGGUUAUCUCGUUAUUGGUGGUAUUGAUACCGAUGCUAUAAAGGGUAAAUUGUAUAACAUUAACGCCAACGAAGACACUGGGUCCGGUAAUUGGGCCGUUCCUGUCCGCCAAGCUGAAUUUGAAGAUGACUUGGAAUUCGAGGUUGACAAAAAUGCAAAUGCUGUUCUUAGCACCUCCACUGAUGUAAUCGGAUUACCCAACAAGCAAGCUGAUGAAUUCCAGAAGCAUUGGUACGCUGAAUAUGACGAACCUGAUAAUACCUUCAUGAUCCCUUGUUGUCUUAUGGAUAGACUUACAGCCUUCAAUAUCCAAUUUGGUGGUGUCAAGGUUUCUAUUCCUCCUUCUUACUGGAGUCAUCCUCGCGAGGUCAAUAGUUGUUGUGAACUGUGUCGUACUCAUAUCGGUCGCAGUGACUCUGAUACCGAUUAUGUUAUCGGUUCUGCAUUAACAAACGCAUUCUAUUCUCAAUUUGAUUCCGAAAGUAACAAGAUCGGUUUGGCCAUGAAGAAGAGCCACAUUGAGGAUGAUGGACUUGAGCUUUAUGAAGCUUAAAAAACAUUAGACUUUUUUUUUUAUCGAAUCAAAUCAUAAACAUAUACACUUUUCUUUUCUUUAAACACCCACCCACCCACACACAAACACAAAAACACACACAUACACACACAAAAACAUAUUAAUAAUCGUGCUAUAUUUUAUAUUCCCCUUUUCCUCUCGUCCCACACUCACUUGCUAUUAAAAAAAUAACCUCAUUACUACAUGUACACAUACAACCUACAAAUAGCUGUAUAAAAAUAGACUUUUUUUUUUAUUUCUUGACAAAUAUAUAAAAAAGGGCUCAAGGG